GUUAUCUCUUCUUUCAGUUCCUCCCUCAGCCAACACUGCUUUGUGUCCCCACGGUGAAAUGUCCCCAUGCAUGCCACAAACCCACCGAUGUCAGCCGGGCACCUAGUAUAUGCCCAAACCCGGGGGCAGCAGCAGUGGGGCUCCCCCCGGGAGUCGAGAAAGCAGCGGGAUAUGUCGGAGCAGCAGCAUCAGCAGUGGGUCUGCAGGAAAGAUCAUGUCCUUGUCGUCUAUGAGUGAAAGUGUGAACAGCGGCCUGAGCUGUUUCCUUUCAGAACAAGCUCUGGAGCAGGAAGAACGUCAGCAGCGCAGCAGCCAUCUAGCCGAGUUUCAGCGCCUCAGGGAGGUCCGAGCAGCUGCUCAGCUCAAAAACUUGGAGGAUUUUCUCAGGAUGAACCAUGUUUCACUCAGAGACACCAUGUCUUACUCCACAGGCAUGGCUUACAGGAAUUUGGGAAAGUCUGGACUUAGAGUGUCCUGUCUUGGAUUAGGGACGUGGGUUACCUUCGGAGGACAGGUAUCAAAUGAGGUGGCGGAGGAGCUGGUGACUUUGGCGUACGAAAGUGGAAUCAAUCUGUUUGACACCGCUGAAGUCUAUACAGCUGGAAAAGCUGAAAUCGUCUUGGGGAACAUCAUAAAGAAAAAAGGAUGGAGGCGUUCCAGUUUAGUCAUCACCACCAAAAUCUUCUGGGGUGGAAAAGCAGAAAUGGAGAGAGGAUUGUCUAGAAAACACAUCAUUGAAGGUCUAAGAGCUUCACUAGAGAGACUUCAGCUGGAUUACAUAGACGUGGUUUUUGCAAACCGACCCGAUCCAAAUACACCAAUAGAAGAGACGGUGAGGGCGAUGACCCACGUGAUCAACCAGGGGAUGGCCAUGUACUGGGGGACGUCCCGAUGGACCUCCAUGGAGAUCAUGGAGGCGUACUCUGUGGCACGACAAUUCAACCAGAUCCCACCGAUCUGUGAGCAGGCAGAGUACCACAUGUUCCAGAGGGAGAAGGUGGAAGUACAGCUCCCUGACCUCUACCACAAGAUAGGUAUUGGAGCGAUGACGUGGUCUCCUCUUGCAUGUGGUAUCAUCUCAGGAAAGUAUAGCAAUGGGAUCCCACAAAAUUCACGAGCCUCUCUAAAGGGUUAUCAGUGGAUGAAGGAUAAGAUCCUGAGUGAGGAGGGACACCGUCAGCAGGUGAAGCUAAAAGAGCUGCAGGCGGUUGCUGAACGGCUCGGCUGCACCCUGCCCCAGCUGGCUAUAGCCUGGUGUCUGAGGAACGAGGCGGUAAACUCCGUCCUGCUGGGAGCCUCCAGAUUAGAGCAGCUUGUGGAGAAUAUCAGAGCAGUACAGGUUCUUCCAAAGUUAACCCUUUCAAUCAUAUCUGAGGUGGACAACCUUUUGGGAAACAAGCCCUACAGUAAAAAGGACUUCAGAUCCUAGAAGAAGACCAGAUGAAUAAUCACACCACCCUCUGUUCGUCAAAAAGAAGCCUUU